UAUGGGUACGUGUUCACAUCAAAGAAGCUCCUCAUUUACAUUAUCAUUUUCUCUCUUUGUCUUGAGUAGAGAAUUUGCAUGCCAAACGAAAUCCCAAUUCGUCCAUGGCCCCGCUUGGCGUCCUUGUACUCUCCACCACAGUCACAUCUGCCAUCUCAGACCGCAGAAGAAAUGAGAAGCAUAGAAAAGGAAAGCAAAGGUAUUCACAUAGAGCUGUGGGAUUCUGAUAAGGCCAAUGGCAUAAGGGUGGUAACAGUUGCGGGGGAAAAUACAGGUGCUGAAAUGAAAACAAAUCAAUCCCAGAAGAAACGACCUAAUAUGACUGUUGUCUACGCUAACAGCAACGUGCUGUGUGUGAACAACUCCAUGGUCUUCAACAGCAGUUGCACUCACCGUAAUCCAGAAAGUUCAAAAGGGAGACUGAUGCUGCCGUGACGAAUUGCUCAACGGAGAUGAAUGUUUACUGUUUUGAUGAUGUGGUGCUAUUAUAGAACUUCUGAUAAGGAGGGGCGGCAUGACAGAGACACUGGUUUGGGUGAAGAAGGCAGCAAGGGAUAGUGAGAGUGCUAGAACGUUACAAGAAGCUGGAAUGUUGUAUGGGAAAAAAACUUGAAAGAUGAAGACUACCAUUCUGACUUUUUUCCAUUAUAGAUAAUUUUUUUUUUCUAAAUAAGACAAUUUUAUUGUUUAAGUACAAUUCCUUUUUUUAAA